AGGGCCUUUUUCAUCUCCUAGCCAUCCUGUUUUUCACCGUUUUGCUUUUGGUUUGUCUGUUUGUGAGACAGAUCACACCUCAAUCAUCAACUAGGUUUCAAAAUGACCCGUCUGCUAAGCACUAGAAACAGAUCUGUCCUUAUCAAUCACAUUUUGCUGACGUCUUCAGGCAACUUUUUCUAGAAUAAAGUCAAGCCAAAUUUUAUUGCCCGCUUUUCGGACUGUAUGAAACUGAAACGAAGCUUCUUGUUAUCUUCUGCAGGUAAUCGUAAUGUUUUGGCCUGUAAUCAAUAAAACUCAGCCUCAGUGCAGAAUUGCUUUUGGUGUCUUCUCCCUUCUGACACGGUGUGGCGAUCCGCUGGUAAGGGAAAGCGUACGUUUGUCCAGGUACAAAUGGGGUUUUCAAUCAGUCCUUGCCAACAGAAAACCACUUCGUCGAAAGAAAAGAGCGGAAUUAGUGCAAGCGCCUUUCUGUGGUUCCUGUUUCCGCUGAAAAUAAUGCUAUCGCGCACCAGAAUAUUCUGUACGAACGAAUGUCAUUGAGCUAUGAGUAGGUACUGGACGUGAGAUUGAUUAUCAUAGCGGAAGGACAAGAACGACAAGAUGAGUUGCGCAGUUACGCUUCCUCGUCGUUGUGUUGCGCCCUCAACCGCCGGUGCAGCGGCAGCCGCGGCGAGACUGGCGCCCGUCGGUGGUCGCAUGCAACAUGGCGGGUCACAGAGCACGCGAAGCGGCCGAGUCGGUAACGAAAGGGUCGUUGCUUCUUCCUCCACGAGAGGCCUGCACAGCAUGUCGCCAGUGCGACGGAAGCUACCCGUGGCAACGCUGUACGAUAAGCUGGAAGGGUAUGGGCUGAACUUCUACACCGGCGUGCCCGAUUCCUUGCUGAAAGAUUUCUGUGCCUACGUUUCGGAUACGUCACAAAAUCACGUCAUAGCAGCGAACGAGGUACUUACACCUCCACAAGGAAGCUGCUCGUUUUAUUCAAUUUUCUGGACAAAAGUGGAGCUAUAACCUGGAUUACGCACUUUCUUAGUGUUAAUUUCACCUUCGCUGGCCAUCAGCAUAGUGUGAAACAAGCUCGUUCAUAACUGCCGUAUAUCUCUAUUUCAUCUACAGGGGACGGCGAUGGCAACGGCUUGCGGCUACCAUUUGGCGACCGGGAGUGUGCCGGUGGUGUACCUUCAGAACAGCGGGUUUGGCAACAUAGUAAAUCCACUGCUCUCGCUCGUGUCACCCGAGGUCUACAAGGUACCGAUGUUGAUCCUGAUUGGCUGGCGGGGCGAACUAUCAAAUGUAAAAGUGUCUGGGUCUGGGAGAGUCAUGCUGUUUUUGCAUGACGCAGAAGGUCUGGCAUGGAAGCGCCAGCAUCACAGGUUUCGAGAAGCCUCCGCAAUGCCGAAUCCGCAUGACAAGUCCCCUAUUUUGCUGACAAAAAGUGGGCAGCUUUUGCUACGUAUGCAUGAGAGACUUUUCUGCGUUCUGAAAUACGCAUUACAAGUUGCAUUCUUCCAGACCCAGACAUUUUUACAUUUGAUACGAGCCCGGGGUGAAGGACGAGCCGCAGCAUAACGUGAUGGUAUUUUGCUACCUUCUAUCAAGUGCAAAAAUGUCUGAAUCUGGAAACUUGUAAUGCUAAAAAUGAAUGAUAGACGCACUGCAAUACGUAGCUAUGAGAGCUUUUUCGUGCCUAUGCAACACAGAUUCCCGAGUCAUGCCAGACAAGCAUGACAAACUUGCAUUCUUCCAGACCCAGACAUUUUUACAUUUGCUACCUUCUAUUUUUGCGAUAGAGGAGUUGCGUAAAGCUUUACUCUUCACCCGUCUGUUCUCAUGCAAAAAGGCCAUUUGCAUGCUUCAAAAACUUCAAACUUAUUUGUGAGGAAAUAAUCCCACAAGAAGUCACGCGGAACGAAAACGAAUCCAACAGGGCCGACUGCAGGAGGGGCUCCUCGACGCCGUGGAGCUUCCCUAUUCCGUCCUGCCCGAAGAGCCCGGCCCAGCGUUGGACGCGUGCCUCGCGAAGGCGGUGGAGACGUGCCAGGCCGCCAACAGCCCCUACGCCCUGCUUGUGCGGAAGAACGGCUUCGAGAGCUACAAACUGAAGUCCUCCCCCUUUCCCAAGGAGCUGGCAGACAAGUGGAGCAACCCGGACAGUCCGGCGUGCCCGGUGUUGAAGCGGGAGGACGUGUUGAAGAUUUUGGUGCCCUUGAUGCGGGAGUGGAGCGUGGUGUCGACCACCGGCGUGCUGUCCCGGGAGCUCUACGAAGUCCGUGAGGCCGCGCAGGAACCCGUGGGCAGUGACUUUAUGUGCGUCGGCAGCAUGGGUCACGCGUCGGCCAUCGCACACGGCAUCGCCUGGGGAGGUGGUUCGAAAAGAUUUUUUUUGACACAGCAAAUAAGAACAGAUUGGUAUCUGUACUAGGCAAGCUGGUCGUUCUUCUUGUUCAUUUGCUCUUCGGGAAAAAUCAUUGUGGCACCAAUCAGCCUAGAAUAAAAACCAAAAAUUCUGCUCUUUCUCAGGUAACACUUCUGCCGGCGCGGUCAAGAAGCAGGCGAAGGGCGUGAUAUGUUUGGACGGUGAUGGCGCCGCGCUGAUGCACAUGGGCCAGCUGGCAAUCAAUGGAACCUACCGCGGCGAGACGAAGUUGCUCCAUUUGCUAAUCAACAACGGCCUGCACGAGUCGGUUGGCGGCCAGCCAACCGUCGGGCAGAACAUCAACUUUCCGGAGAUCGCCAAGGGUUGCGGCUACCAGUACGCCGAGACUGCCACCACGGAGGAGGAGAUCAGCAGCAGGGUAAAGGUACGCAUUACAAAUGCGUCUGGAUCGGGAUCUGGAAAAGUGGACGAGCCUGUUCCUGUAAUAUUGUGUGUCUUGCAUUCCUGUAAAAUCUGUAUUGGAUCAUGACCAACUACAUCAAUAACGCGAGCGCUUUUGUCAUGCAAAAACGCAGUUUUCUGAAGUGAAUCUCAAUCUACAUCUAAUGCGCACUACGCAUGCGGUUGCGGUUGCGGAAGCGUCCAAAAAAAUUGUCAUGCUGGACUGCACUCAGGAGUAUGCUCAACCUCAAUCAUCGCCAAGCAGCAUUCUUUCCAGACCCAGAGAUAUUUGCAGUGGAUAGAAGGAGAUGCAGAACCUUCCGAGCGGCCAAAGUUCGCUCUUCCUAGAAAUCCGUGUUAAAUCUGGCGUGAAAGAGAACCUCGGGCGGCCGAAGACCUCGCCAGAAGAAAACAAACUCGCGUUCGUCAAAAAGCAUUACUCGAUGGGAUAAUAAGUGAUGAGUAUGGCGAGUCGUUGUGUUUGUGCUGAUUUUAGAGGUCAUUCUUAUUGGGCGACCACGAGGUUUUUCUUCUUGUCGUUCACAGGGCCACUUGCGUCGUCGCUCUGCUUGUUGUGUUCCAAGGAAACCCGCGUAUCUUUCAGAAGUAGUUCCGUGGAACAACAAGUGCUAAAAGCAGUGCAUCUGCAAGUGAACUCAUUGUUUCUUUGUGUCGUCCGUUCCGGCUGUCUUGUGGGUGUCCGUCUUCUUUGCUAAACCACAGUUUUGUGCUUUUUCGCUUGGUUCAACAAGAUCGAUGUUUUGAUUAUCUGCGCGGAACAAUACAGUUACAGCCGUGACGAGAUCGGCAUAUCUAUGGGGUGCAGCGCCGUUUUGUCUUAUUUUCCCGCUUUCGAAAGGU